CUCCCACCCGGCCUCCCAAGGCACCCUCCCGCGCCAACUGGUCCGCCAGUGGGCCUUUGUCCCGUACCUCGCCCUACCCGCCAGGCACCAUCCACCUCCCUGUAUUCUCCCCAAGCCCCUCCGCGCCAACUGGUCUGGCGGUGGGCCACCCCAGGUCCAUUCGACCAGGCACCAGACCACCCCGGACCGCCCCGUGCCUUUUCGGUCCGGCGCCACCCGCCCCGGACCUUUUGCCCAGGCCCCUUGCCCGCCAGGAGGGGCACCCCCAGCCCGGCGACGCCGCCCCGGGGCCACAUGAGGGUGCGUGGGCAGGGGAGGGUCCCGCGGAAAAAAUCCCGGUUGCCGUCUCCCGCGGCGCCAUCCACAAGUCGCUCCCGCUGGCCAACUGGCCCAGCACCCGGCCAAACCGCGAAACCGCCCGUCCGGCCGGGCGAAUGGGUCCCCUUGCGGCCAACUGGCUCCGGCUUCCGCCAGAGGAGAAGGACCCCAAGACCCUCGGAGGGGAUCUCGGAAGCCAGAAGAAGGAACAGUGGUCUCCGGUAG